AUGUGUCCAAUUUUUAGUCGAUUAUUUGGUGGCCAUCGGUAUAAAAGAGUUCAAACUGAAGGAGAGUCAACUAAAAGGAUAUUAGAAUCGAGUGUUGAAACUGAGAAAUAUAAAUCAGAAUCGCCUGAAACUGAUCCCAAUAUAAGCAUAAAAGUGACACAAAUGCUUAGAUUUCAGUUUAAAUACGAUUCACCAAACAAUGCAAAAAGUGAUACAAAAGACAGUCAUGUGAUACGUCUUCGGAAACUGAAGUACAUAUUGGGUCCACAAACUGAACAUUCGGGACAUUUCUCUGAYGUGUUUAAUGUAACCAAUAUUUCAGAUAAUAACAGAGAMAUUGUCUGCAAAAUAAUYAAACAAAAAGAGUUAUUUGAGAGUUCAAGUCUUCUAAUGGAGUUUCACCGAGAAGUGACUAAAACAACACAAAUUGAGCCAAAGUGUCAAUACCUUCUCGCUUAUACACAUCACUUCAUAUUUGAUAACAAAUACCUAUAUUUAGUGAUGGAAAAGGCAACCGGCGAUAGUCUUCAGACACGACUUGUCAGGACUGUCAAUGGUUUCUCAGAGAUUGAUUCGUGGAAAUACUUCAUUCAAAUAUCGCAAGCUAUCAAUCAUUUGCAUCAGAAUAGUAUAGCCCAUAGAAAUCUCAAGUUAGACAACGUUUUUAUAUUCAAUGGAAAAGAUGGACAGGAAGUGCUUAAAGUAAGCGAUUAUUGUAUUAAUAGAGUCGCGAAAAGAGCCGAACGAAUCAUUUGCUAUCCAAGAGAUGCCAAAAGAAUUAUAUAUAUGUCGCCACAGAUUCUCAAGUUUUAUGCCAAACAUUUGAGACAGAAAUACGAUAAUAUGGCCAUAAAAAAGAUCCGUCACUUCGAUCCUAUCAAAGGUGAUAUCUGGGCGCUCGGUAUUUGUCUGUUUUAUAUGUUAACUAAAACACAUGCCUAUGAAGUGCCACCAGAUUGUACUGAUAUGAACCAAGAAAUGGCCACUAAAACAAAGUAUAUCUUUUUGAAGAAUUGUUUGAAACAGUUAUACAAAGCCUUAAGAUUACCGACAAAACUAUUUGAUAACAUCAGUCCCGAGUGUUGUAAUCUUCUGAAUGAAAUACUUGAAGCAAACAGUAGUCGACGUAUCGAUCACUACGGCAUUAUGAGACAUGAAUGGACACGAAUGGGUCACAACAUCAUCAAUAAACUAAAACAUUGA